AUGAGAGCUCCAAAAUGCAAAAUGUUACCAGAAUUAUUGUCGCUGCUGAUAACCUUGUUUAGCAUUCUGCUAGGCUUUUUCAUUGGAUUAUCCAUGACCAGGCUCUACAAGGUUCAAACAACAACGUUUUAUUCAGCCUCUCAAAGUUCCAAUCCUGGCUUGCAGUUCGGAAGCUCAAGUGAGAACCAUGAAUCUCAUAAAAUAUAUGCAGCCACAAAUCCACACGGAGCUGAACGAUUACCCCCAGGAAUGGUUAAGGCUCAAUCAGACCUUUUCCUCCAUGGAUGUGUGGGAAAUGAAACUUUCAAAAAACAAAGUUACCUGCUAGCACUAGCAGUUGGGAUUCGACAGAAGAAUAUUGUGGACAAAAUAGUCUCAAAGUUCUCCGAGAACUUCACAAUAAUCUUGUUUCACUAUGAUGGAAAAACAAGCGAGUGGGAUCAGUUUGAAUGGUCACAAAGAGCUAUUCAUAUCAGUGCAUUUGAACAAACUAAAUGGUGGUAUGCCAAAAGAUUUCUCCAUCCAAACAUAGUAGCCCUAUAUGAAUACAUAUUCAUUUGGGAUGAAGAUUUGGGAGUUGAGCAUUUUAAGGCAGAAGAGUACAUAAAACUGGUUAAGAAAUAUGAUUUGGAAAUAUCACAACCUGCUGUUAUAUCAGAAAGAGGGUUGAUAUGGGAAUUGACACAGAAAAGGAAGAAUGUUGAAGUCCACAGGCAAGCUGAAAGCCAUUACAAUUGUACAAAUCCAUCCUUGCCGCCUUGUGCAGGGUUUGUUGAAAUUAUGGCUCCAGUAUUCUCAAGGAAUGCAUGGAAAUGUGUUUGGAACAUGAUUCAGAAUGAUUUAGUCCAUGGCUGGGGGCUUGAUUUUGCAUUUUGGAGGUGUUUUGAGAAGCCAGAAGAGAAGAUCGGUGUAGUUGAUGCACAAUGGAUACAGCAUAUGGUCUUGCCCACUCUAAGACAUCAGGUUAGGGCAAGGAGUUUUGCUGAAUGGGCAGAGUUUGAAAAGAGAAUGAAAGCAGCAGCCUAG